AUGUCCUUCGAGUUGAAAGAAAAGGGCAACCAGCUCUUUAAAUCGGGUGAUUUCAACGGGGCUGAAGAUCUUUAUUCCCAAGCAAUCCAGAAGAACGCGCACGAACCCACCUUCUUCACGAACCGAGCCCUGACGCGUAUACGGUUGGAAAACUGGGCGGGCGUGGAACACGAUGCGCGCACCGCCGUCGAUCUGUACGGUGCAAAGAAUCCCUCCAGCCUCAAGAGCUGCUGGUACCUGGCGCAAGCGCUGCUCGGGCUGCAGCGACCCCAGGAAGCAUAUGAGGUGGCGAUCGAUGCGUACCGAGCCAGCCUAGCGGCCAAGAAUGCGCAGACGGAGAACCUGUCCAAGGCAGUGCUGCGCGCCAAGCAGCAGAUCUGGGCGGCCAAGGAGACGGCGCGUCUCCGCGAGAUGAACGAGACGCUGGCGCAUGUCGAACAGCUGCUAGAGAGGGAAUUGAACCAGGCACUGGAGGAGCUGCAGGGACAGCUGGAUCGGGGGGAGAUUGGCCAUAUUGGAUUCGUGGAAGACCAGAAGGCGCUGCGGGAGGAUGCGGCGAAGAACCUGGACACGGUACGCGAGACGUUCCGGAUAGCCUCGAAGGGAGAGAUUCAAGAGAGGGUCGUACCGGACUAUUUGGUGGACGGUAUCACGUUCGAGAUCAUGCACGAUCCUAUGAUGACGCCGUCGGGGAGCAGCUUUGACCGAAUUGGCAUUGUCAAGUAUGUAGAGCAGGCGGGCGUUGACCCGAUCACGCGGGUGUCGAUGACGGUGAACGAGCUGCGGCCGAACUACGCGUUAAAAGCGGCGUGCGAGGAGUUUCUAGACAAGAAUGGAUGGGCAGUGGAUUGGUAG